AUGUCAAGCUCGUCAUCUGACAGACCAGCCAAUGCGCCCGCCAUAGCUUCCUCCAGCGGGACGUCGCCUCUCCACGGUGAUGGCGAUGCCUCCGAGAAUGGACUCGAGCCCCACGAUGAGGAGCUGCUGGCUGACGACCCUAUGCACAACAAUGGCGGGUUAGAUGGAGGCAUAUCGUUCAAGCGCAAAGCAAAACCUACGAAGCCGUCUUUUGUGUCGCGCUUCUUCCUAACCUCGCCAUUCCGAAGCAGCCAACCGACCACGCCUGACGCCAAUACCGCAUCUCCACCCCGCCGAAAUGGUCGCGCUGGUAUCGCGACGCCGAACACGAUUCUCUCCUACCUCAAUACAGCCGCAGAUGCCGGCACGAGCCUCACCGAGCCAAAGGACCCCAGCACUUUGGACUGGUACGUCGAAGGACCGGGAAGAAGAGUAGGCUACGACAACCUCACGGCGAUAGACUGGAUCUUCGAGUAUGGGAAAGAGCGCACGAGAUUACGGCAAUUGCACGCAAAUAGCCCAGGUGUGCUGGGACAAAUACGUAUCUUGGCCGACUCUGCUCAGAUAUGGCUUAUCUUGGUCGCGACCGGCAUCGCGGUCGGCGGCAUCGCAGCGGGCAUAGAUGUUGCAAGUGCUUGGCUCGGAGACAUGAAAACUGGCAUGUGCAGUAAUGUGGAGAAUGGAGGCGCAUUCUACUUGAAUAAGGUCUUCUGCUGCUGGGGCAUUGAGAGCUAUGCUCAAUGUCCGGACUGGCGCCCCUGGAGUGCCAUGAUGGGCGUUAUGAAAAAAGGCGGCAGCUAUAUCAUUGAGUACAUCAUGUUUGUGUUGUUCUCGGUGCUCUUCGCAAGCAUGGCCAGCUUGCUCGUCAACCGAUACUCGGUAUAUGCGAAGCAAAGUGGCAUACCAGAGAUCAAGACUUUGCUAGGAGGCUUUGUCAUUCGUCGCUUUCUCGGAGGCUGGACUCUGGUCGUCAAGACGCUCGGCUUGUGUGUAGCAGUCGCAAGUGGCAUGUGGUUGGGUAAGGAAGGACCACUUGUACAUGUGGCGUGCUGCUGUGCCAAUGUCUUCAUGAAGCUGUUCGACGGCAUCAAUGGCAAUGAAGCACGAAAGAGAGAAACGCUGUCAGCGGCUGCGGCAUCUGGCAUCUCCGUUGCUUUUGGCGCGCCACUUGGUGGCGUGCUCUUCAGUCUGGAGUCGCUGAGCUACUACUUUCCGGACAAGACCAUGUGGGCCUCUUUCGUCUGCGCUACGGUUGCAGCUUUCACAUUACAGGCGUUCGAUCCCUUCAGGACUGGGCAGCUCGUCUUGUAUCAAGUCACCUAUCACAGCGGCUGGCAUGCUUUUGAACUGUUGCCGUUCGCAAUAAUCGGCAUCAUUGGCGGCCUCUAUGGCGCUAUGUUCAUCAAGCUGAACAUGAAAGUUGCUGAGUGGAGGACUUCCAAAAGCAAUCCUCUCUUGAAGAAGCCGGUGGUCGAAGUGAUUAUGGUUGCGCUCGUCACAGCUCUGAUCAGCUUUCCGGUCACAUUCCUACGAGCACAAAGCAGCGAGCUGGUGGAACAUCUCUUCGCUGAAUGUAGAGAUAUUCAAGACGACUAUCUCGGACUAUGCAAGGAUGGCGCUGCUAAUACCGGCGUCAUAUUCAUUCUGCUAGUCUCCAGUCUCAUUGGAUUCGUCCUGGCAACCAUCACCUUCGGACUCCAGAUACCAGCUGGUAUUCUCCUUCCAUCGAUGACAGUCGGCGCCCUCUAUGGCCGUGUCGUGGGACUCAUCGUCGAAGUCUGGCAGAAGGAUCACCCUGGCUUCAUCGCCUUUGCAGCCUGCGAACCAGAUAUUCCAUGCGUUACACCUGGCACAUACGCCGUCGUCGGUGCCGCUUCAGCCCUUGCAGGCGCAACACGCAUGACGGUUUCCAUAGUGGUCAUCAUGUUCGAGCUGACAGGCGCACUCACCUACGUCUUGCCAAUCAUGGUCGCAGUCAUGCUCUCGAAAUGGGUUGGCGACGCCUUCGGCAAAAGAGGCAUAUACGAAUCCUGGAUCCACUUCCAAGGCUACCCAUUUCUAGACAACAAAGACGACACACCAGUCCCAGACAUUCCCGUCUCACAAAUCAUGACCAGAUUCGACGAUCUCGUCUGCAUCACGGCCGCCGACCACACGAUCGAGAGUCUCCGUGACCUUCUUCGAGACCACAGAUUCCGAGGAUUUCCUGUCGUGAACGAUACCAGAGAAGCAAUCCUCCUCGGCUACAUUUCCCGAACAGAAUUACAAUACGCUCUGGACUCUGCCACAGCACCAGGCCGCGCCUUGUCUGUGAGCACAGAAUGCUACUUCUCUCAUCAACCGCUCGCUGAUCCCACAGUCACCUUGGACUUGAGACCUUGGAUGGACCAGACCCCAAUUACGAUGCGAAGCAAUACUUCGCUCCAGCUGACGAACGAGAUGUUCCAGAAGCUCGGCUUACGAUAUGUGAUUUUUGUAGAUCGCGGAGCUCUCGCCGGUUUGCUCACCAAGAAGGAUCUUUAUUAUGUGCUCAAUGCGGGCGAGGAAGCCAGAUUGGGCAGUGGAGCAGGUGUGCUUCGUGAAGAAGAUGAGAGGAGAGAGGACCAAGCUGGUCUGCUGGGACAUAGUCGGAGCAGUAGCUGGAAUACCGAUGAUGAUGAAUCGAAUUGGCCUGGCAGACGAGAUGGGUAG